AUGGGCAUUCCAUCAUCUCUACCCACAAACCCUAACCCCAGUCCCAGUCCGCCGCUCCCUCAGUCACCACCACCGCAAACGCCGUCGUUACCUCAAUCUCCACCACCUCAAUCACCGCCACUACCCCCAAGCCAAACACCACCUCUCAUUCCGCCGACCCCCCUUUCGCCACAAACUGAGCCGCAAAAUGAGACACCCGUUUUCGACACUCAUUCCCCAGAACCAAUGCCUGAACCUGAGCCUACUCAAACGAAGUCUAAAGGUAAAACUAAAAAGGCUGCAGGUAAACCCAAGAAAACCCCUGUCGGAAAAUGA